AUGAUCCCCGGAUACACAGGUUUCAUCCCCAGAUCGCAGAAAUUCUUCGCCAAGCCGUAUGCCGAAACCACUCGGGACGCGCUGACCGACUUCCAGAAGGAUCAGUACCAGCAGGAGGGCCAGAGGCAGGAGCAGGCACUGGCCAGCAAGCUGCAGAGCGGACAGCAGCUUCCCCACACUGAGCAGGAGAAGCAGCUCAUCACAGCCAAGUACCGGACUCCGCUCCCUCCGCGGUUCAAGGAUGCAGCACCCUACGUGUCUCCCAGUGCUUACCAGGUCCCAGUGUCCCCCUACUACAUGGAAGAUGGCAGCCCACACAAGUACUUCAUCUCAGGUUACACGGGGUAUGUUCCUCGCUCUCGCUUCCUGAUCGGCACCGGCUAUCCCAUCACCACCAAUAGAGCCAUGCAAGAGUUUGGUCACAUGACCCUGAAGAAGAGCGUGAGAGUGGGAGGCCAGUCAGAGCCUCGGGAGGGGAACAAGGAGCCAUCGGAUCAAGGUCACAUCUACCUGGAGGAACUGGGCUUAUUGCCCCGCUACACGGGAUAUGUGCCAGGCUACAAGUUUCAGUAUGGACACACCUACGGUUACCUUACCCAAAAUGCAUUGGGCGAGAGCACCCUACAGAAGCAGCUGGUGAACUAG